AUGCCUGGAUAUUAUGCCGGUUUCCUAUUGCUCGUUCCACUAGUGGGCAUCAUCGCUUGCCUUUCCAACCUAUUCUAUAACGUCUAUCUACACCCCUUACGAUCCUGCGCCGGCCCAAAACUAUGGGCCGCAAGCAGACUUCCCUGGUGUUGGUACCAGCAUCGCGGCAUGCUGCAGUACAAGCUACUCGAGCUCCACAAGAAAUACGGUCAUGCCGUGCGAAUUGCGCCGAACGAGCUUUCCUUCACGACAGAAACAGCCUGGAGAACGAUCUACGGGCAACGGUCGGCGGAGAUGUCCAAGGAUCCUAUCUUCUCGUUGCUCACGCCCACGGGCGUGCAGAGUGCGUCCUUUCGAGUCCGAGGCAGAGGCAAUGUGUGA